CGGACGCAUGCGAUUGGCUUACUGAAUGUUGUGAAACUUCAUUGGACGGACAAACACACGCCUUUGGUGAAUCUGAUAGAGCACAACAGACGACAAGGUGAUCCAUGUGCGUCUGACUGGGGGAACAGUAAGCAUGCUGACUGCACAGAGGGCAUGUGCAGCGAUGGCUGUCCGGCACCUGGUUAGAGCCUCCGUCUCCUCAGCACACACACACCGCUCUCUGCUCCACACUUCCGUACCGUGUCGGGACCAGGUUGAGCUGCUCCCUGAGUGGGCCACUCUGGCUAAGAAGCAGCUGAAGGGGAAGAACCCGGAAGAUCUGAUCUGGCGCACACCUGAGGGAAUCAACAUCAAGCCUGUGUACACCCAAGCAGACUCCGCUGGCAGAGCAGAUGAAUUGCCAGGAGUGUUUCCGUACACCAGGGGGCCCUAUCCCACCAUGUACACAUACAGACCUUGGACUAUCAGGCAGUAUGCUGGCUUUAGCACCGUGGAGGAGAGCAACAAGUUCUAUAAAGACAACAUUAAAGCUGGACAGCAAGGUCUCUCUGUGGCUUUUGACCUCCCGACGCACCGCGGUUAUGACUCCGACAACCCCCGAGUCCACAGCGACGUCGGCAUGGCCGGAGUUGCUAUAGACACAGUCGAAGACAUGAAGAUGCUCUUCGAUGGGAUCCCACUGGAGAAGAUGUCUGUUUCGAUGACAAUGAACGGAGCCGUUAUCCCCGUGCUGGCCAUGUUUAUUGUGACCGGAGAGGAGCAGGGCGUGCCUAAAGCCAAACUAACUGGCACGAUUCAGAACGAUAUUUUGAAGGAGUUUAUGGUCCGCAACACGUAUAUUUUCCCCCCGGAACCUUCCAUGCACGCCAUUGCAGACAUCUUCGCUUAUACCUCCAAGCACAUGCCCAAGUUCAACUCCAUAUCCAUCAGUGGCUACCAUCUUCAGGAGGCUGGAGCUGAUGCCAUCCUGGAAGUAGCCUACACCAUCGCUAACGGCCUGGAGUACUGCCGCACUGGUCUGAAAGCAGGCUUAACCAUCGAUGAAUUCGCCCCAAGGUUGUCAUUCUUCUGGGGUAUCGGGAUGAACUUCUACAUGGAAAUUGCCAAGCUGAGGGCAGCCAGGAGAUUAUGGGCCACGCUCAUUAAAGAGAACUUCCAGCCUAAGAAUGCCAAGUCCCUCCUCCUCCGCACACACUGCCAGACUUCAGGCUGGUCUCUCACAGAACAGGAUCCGUACAACAAUGUGAUCCGUACAGUGAUCGAGGCCAUGGCAGCAGUGUUCGGGGGGACCCAGUCGCUCCACACCAACUCGUUCGACGAAGCUCUGGGCUUGCCCACCGUGAAGAGCGCUCGCAUCGCCAGGAACACCCAGAUCAUCAUUCAGGAAGAGUCGGGCAUCCCCAAAGUGGCCGAUCCCUGGGGGGGCUCGCACAUGAUGGAGGCCCUCACGGACGACGUCUAUAACACAGCUUUGAAGUUCAUUAAAGACAUUGAAGAGAUGGGAGGCAUGGCCAGAGCCGUGGCAGAGGGCAUUCCCAAACUUCGGAUUGAGGAAUGUGCAGCUCGCAGACAGGCCCGCAUCGACUCAGGGUCAGAGGUCAUCGUCGGAGUGAACAAGUACCGUCUGGAAAAAGAGGAGACCGUGGAGGUGCUGGCGAUAGAUAACACUGUUGUCCGUGAGAAACAGAUUGAAAAACUGAAAAAGGUAAGGCAGAGUCGUGACCCCGAGGCAGCGAAGAAGUGCCUGGCAGCCAUCGAGGAGUGUGCCCAGACCAGGGAGGGCAACCUCUUAGCCCUGGCUGUGGAGGCAGCACGAGCCAGAUGUUCGGUUGGUGAAAUAACUGAUGCCAUGAAGAAAGUGUUUGGUGAGCACAAGGCCAGCACCAGGAUGGUGAGCGGUGCUUACCGCAGUGAGUUCGGGGAGCACGAAGAGAUCGCCUUGGCCCACAACAGAGUUGCAGAUUUUAAGAGCCAGGAGGGCAGGAACCCUCGACUGCUCGUGGCAAAGAUGGGGCAGGAUGGUCACGACAGAGGUGCCAAAGUCAUCGCCACAGGGUUUGCUGACCUGGGCUUUGAUGUGGACAUCGGACCACUGUUUCAGACUCCCCUCGAGGUUGCCCAGCAGGCGGUUGACGCAGACGUGCACUGUGUCGGGGUCAGCACGCUUGCCGCAGGACACAAGACCCUGGUCCCAGAGCUCAUCAAGGAGCUACGGAAACUGAACAGGCCAGAUAUCCUGGUCAUCUGUGGAGGGGUCAUCCCACCACAGGACUAUGAGUUCUUGUACCAGAGCGGCGUGUGCGCCAUCUUCGGCCCAGGAACCAGGAUCCCACAAGCUGCAGUGGAGGUUAUUGACAACAUUGAGAAGAGCCUGGAAAACAUCCGUCAGGCCAUGUGAAAAACAAACAACUGAAACUCAAAGAACUGUCUAUUUUUGUUUUAUCCACAACAGAGUCACAAGUGGGAGCCUGUCUGACUUGUUGCAUAAGAUUUAAAAAAGUGAUUCUAAAGAAACUACAGCAGCCCCCAAAAUAAAAAGAAAUCCUGUCACACACCCUUACUUCACCAUUUGAAGUAAUUCAUGCCUUUGUGUGAAUUGCAGUGGUUACAGAGUUAUUCAUAUCCUGUCAAUAUCCUAGAAGUUCCAGGAUGUGGGUGGGAACCCUGACUCUUGGUCAACAUUAUAGAGUUUAAUAAGAAAUACUUUAGACAAAAAUCUGACUAUAUUAAGACUUUUACCCACACUUAACAAACAAUAAAUCACACACUACAUAGUAGAGAUAGAAACUUUGGCUUGAUUUCUUUUUGUCAUCCAAGAUAAAACAGCACUUUGCUUGGGGUGUAACACUUUUGUUGUGAAAUUUGUGUGUAAUAUCAGUUACCUAGCAGGCUGUGGUUAGUGCCAGUGCUGUGCAGAUGUACAGACAUUCACGUUAAAUGAAUCCUCUUAUGAACUAUUACCCCUGCCUUUAAUGUUCGUGAUAUUUCAUCUUGAAAGUGUCCUUCUGUUGGCUUGAUCACUUGCCUCUGCAUAAUUAAACCAACUCCUGCUCAAAGAUAAAACCAUGGAACAGUGAUCGCAAUUUGUGAAGCAGUCGGAAACAGUAUUUUUCUACUUGUGAUUCUGAAUCAGGUUUAAUGCUCUAAAUAAAAUCUGUGAAUUUUGAAAAUUGUGAUCGUGUCUAAAGAUAAUCUGAACUGCAGCACCUGUUUGUGAGAUGUUCAAUCACUUUUGGAA